AUGAAUAAUACUAGCUUAAACAACAUUAACAACGCUAGCUUUAAUAAAGGAAAUGAUGAAUUCGAAUAAAGUUAUAUGAAUGCAACAUCUGGUGCAGGAACAGGAUUCAGAUAUAGAGGAGUUUACUCUGAAAUUAUAAAUCCAGCAAAUUCAAACACAUAUAUCGAUAAAAGUAUGUAAGGGCCAGAUGUUUCUUACAUUUACUAAACACAAUAAAAAUAAAGAAUUCCAAGAGCAUUUAAUUUAGGUAGCAGAAGCGGAAGUCGUCCAAGACCUCCUUUGAGCAAUAAAGAAAAUGGUGAAAAAUUAAAUUAGACAAACGUUUCGAUAAAAAGCGCUAACACAUCAUUUAAUUCUAUGAAUAAGUUAAAAUUCAAACCUUUAACUAAAGUUUUCCACCCAUCAAAUAAAUUAGAAGAAGGAAAAAUUCACGAAGAUCUUACAAUAGAUCCUAAAAUUUUGGAGCCAUACGUUCCAAUUCCUGGAAGAGUUCCUAGAAAAGUAGCUAUUGAUAGAAAAAAAAAAGAAUAUGCUUCCUUCAAUAUUGAAGAUCUGCUAGUUCAUGAAGAUAUUGAUUUUAAUCAAAAAAAAGGAAGUUAUGACUGGUUAAAGUUAGAGUAGUUUGAUGAUUCAACUUUUGAUGACUAUGAACCAAUCGAAUGGAUCAAUAAAAAAGUUGAUGAGGAUGGAAAUCCUCGUAUUAUUACUGCUAAAGGUUUAUAUAAAGACUAAGCAGGAUUUUAUUCUUGGAAACCAUGCACAGUUGAAUCUUACUCUAAAGAAAAAGAUCAGUUUGAAGUUAAGUGGAUGAAUAGCAAUUAAUCAGAUUUCUUACAUCGUAUAUAUUUCUGCAUAGAUGCAGAAGAUCCUAGAAAGUUUGCUUAAAGAAUUGCAAAUGCUUUCAGAUAAAUCGUUUAUGCAGACUCUAUUAUUAGGUAUAAUUUCUAUAUUGAUAAUAUGCCUUUACAAGAUUUGAGCGAACUUGAUAAUGAGCAGAAAAAAAGAUUAGAGGCUCUUGCAAAGACAAAGAAGUAAGAGAAUAUGGAUACUACACCACUUCUUAUUGAAGUCAAUAAUGAUUAUUGUAGGACUAUGAAUAAAAUUAUAUUUAACAAAUAUAUGGAAGAAGUUCUUCCUGCUGAAGAUGAUCUUUACCCUAAAAAUCUCUAACUUCCUCCUGAAGAGGAAAAGCCUUCAGCUCCUUAUUUAGGAAUCAUGCCAUUGGAAAGACAUAAAGGGGCUAAGCUAAUUUGGAUAGAGAGUUAUGGUUUACCUUAAGUAGAAGAACCAAAAGAAUUCACAGAAACUUUCAAAGAUUUUUGUUUUUCAUCACUAUUUAUUAAAGAAGAAGUUAUUAAAGCAUUGCAGGAAAUAAGAGUAGAAUGCAAUAAAGUUUUAGAAAUGAGUGUGUUUAAUGUUAAUGUAGAAGGUCCUCUUGUUUUAGAAGAAUUUAAGCACAUUUAAGAAUCAUCAACAAGCCAAAUAUUGUAUCACUUGAAAGGCUAGUGGAUAUAAGAUUUAAUUAAAAUUAUUAAGACAAAUUUUGAAAAAGUAGGAAAAGGCUGGUUUAAUAUGAAAGAAACCAAUCCAAACACCUACAAUUUUGGUAAACUCAAAAGAUUCUUAACUGUUGUUCGUCUUAUGAUGCAAGAUACAGUUUUGACAGUUGUCAAAAGGUGCUUUUAAUAAAUGGAAACAUAUUUACUAAAUUUUAUACCAGAAUAAGUUGUUAUUAAGAAUGUCACAGAUAUAAAAAACUAAUAUAUAUAAGAUAAGAAUGCUCAAGAUCUUGCAAAAGACUCAUAAGCAUUAAAAUAAAAGCCUAUUUAACCUCUAUUUACAAUUGAUUUGAUUAAAACUAUGAAUGAUGAGGACUUCUUAUAUUCUGUAUAGCCUAUGAAUUAUGUUAAGAUGAUCAUAAAUUUAUUUGAGAAAGCUUUAGAAGAAAUUGGCAAAAUUCCAGAUUUAGAACCAAAAAUUCUACCCGAAUUACAUGCCUCAGCUCAAAAAGAAGCUCAUAUUAAAGCUCCUAUGAAACCAAGAGAAAGGCCAACAACUCCAGAUCCAAAUAUGAGACCUAAAAAAUACCCUGAUGAGAAUAAAUGGAUUUGGGAAAUGAUUGAAAACAUUCGACUGAAAUUUAUUGAAGGAAUUAAGCCAUUAAAUGAUUACUUAGAAUAAUUUAGAGAGUUCAAAGAUGUGCUUUAACUAAAUCCAGAUGAUUUUGCUAGAAAUAUCGAAAUGAUGGAAAAUCCUUGGGAGGUUGAGCAAUUACAAGAUGAAAUUUUUAAAAUUUAAGAAAAAGAAGAAAGAUUAAAAAUGAGUUUACCUGAAAAGAUUCAUGUCUCCUAUUUUGAAAUUUAAACAAAAGAGAUUCUAGCUUAUCUUUGUGAGAAGUACUACUUCUUAAGAAAAAAUUUAAUAGAUAUGAUAGCCAAGCGUGCAAAGAGCCAUACUCAAUUUAUUUUUAAUUAAUUUUAAAUGCACUAAACAAAAAUAAAAGAAACACCUAAAAAUAUUGAGCAGCUGACAGAGCUUAGGGAAUACAUGAAAAAUUUGCCAAUCGAAAUAGAAAAACUUAAAGUAGAAUAAAAAAGAUGCUUCGAAAUUUACAAAAUCCUAGAAGAUUUUAACUACAGAUUCUCUAAAGAGGAUAUGGAUAGAAAAUGGAAUACUUUUGGAUCUCCAAAAGAUACAUUUGAACUUAUUGAAAAGAGAGCCAAAGAACUUGAAAAGGAUUAAGUUAAAUUCUAAGAUGAAAUGAAAGUUUAAUAAGAAGAUUUUAAAGAUGUGAUUGAUAACCUUGAAAGAACUAUCAGCAAUUUCGACUAAUAUUCUGAUAUUAAAAACCAUGAAGAAGUUUGUAAUAUAGCAAAAGAUAUUAAUAAGUGUUUGGCUGAAUUUGCUGAAGACGCUCGUCGUUAUAAUACACGUGAAGCUCUUUUUGGUUAGGAACUUACUAAUUAUGAUAAAAUUUAUAAUAUGCAGAGAGAGUUCACUCCUUAUUCUAAUUUGUGGAUCACAGCUCAUAAUUGGUUUAAGAAUAAAGAUUUGUGGAUGACUGAAGAGUGGAAUAAAUUAGAUGCAGUCUAUGCAGAAAAAUUUGUUGAAGAUUCAAUUAAAUUACUAACAGGAGUAAUUAGGUUCCUAAAAGAUAGAGGCAUUGAUGCUGUUCUUAAAAUAGCAUAAACAGUAAAAAGUUAGAUUGAUGAAUUCAAACCUAAAGUACCUCUUAUGGUCGCUCUUCGUAAAAAUGGUAUGAUGGAGAGACAUUGGAAGUAAGUAUCCGAGAAAGCAGGAAAGGAAAUUAAACCAACAAUUGAAGGAUUCAAUUUUACUAAAGUAUUAGAACUCGGUCUUUUAGAACAUGCUGAAGCUUGUGUUGAGAUAGGUGAAAGAGCUUAUAAAGAAUAUAACAUUCAACUUGGUUUAGAAGAAAUGAAAAAAAUAUGGGAAGAUAUUUAGUUCUAGAUAAUUACUUACAAGACAAGCUAUAUUAUCAGAGGUUAUGAUGAAAUUUAACUUACUUUGGAUGAGCAUAUCAUGAACACUCAAGCAAUGUAAUUUUCUCCUUUUAAAAAACCAUUUGAAGAGGAAAUUAUUAAUUGGAAUAACUCAUUAAAAACUAUAUCUGAUGUUCUGGAAGAGUGGGCUAAGUGUUAGGGAUAAUGGAUGUAUUUGUAGCCAAUUUUUGAUAGUUAAGAUAUUGCAAAGCAACUUCCUUCCGAAACAAAAAAAUUCAGAACAGUUGACUCGACUUGGAAACACACAAUGAAUUAAGCUAAGAUUUUAUUAAACGUUAAAAGUGUUUGUCUCUAAGAAAAUUUGUUAGAAAGACUCAGAGAAGCUAAUAAAAAUUUGGAAAUAAUUCAAAAGGAAUUAAAUAACUAUUUAGAGAAAAAGAGAGAGAAGUUUGCUCGUUUCUAUUUCUUAUCAAAUGAUGAUCUUUUAGAAAUCCUUUCUCAAACUAAGGAACCAACUGCAGUUUAACCCCAUCUUAAAAAGGUGUUUGAAAAUAUCAAUGAAAUAGAAUUUGAUGCAAACAAACGUAUUCAUUCUAUGUACUCAGCAGAAAAAGAAAAGGUGCAAUUUGUAAAGCUAGUAGACCCAAACCAUAAAAAUGUAGAAGAUUGGAUGGGUGAAGUCGAAAAUAUGAUGUGUUUAUCUGUUAGAUAAGCUUUGAUAAAUUCAGUUAAGGACUAUCACACUAAAAAACGUGAUUAGUGGGUUCUCUGUCAUCCAGGUUAAUGUAUAUUAAAUGGUUCUCAAAUUGUUUGGACUCAAGAUGUUGAAAAAGCAUUCGAAAAUGGGGUAGAAGGAGUUAAGGAGUAUUGGGAUAUUUUAGAGUAGUAUCUUCAUGACUUGGUUACUCUUGUCAGGCAAAAGCUUACCAAACAGCAAAAAGUUACCUUAAAUGCACUUAUUGUCCUUGACGUGCAUGCUAAGGAUGUUGUUGAAAAGCUAUGGAGAGGAAAUGUUAAGAAUUCAGGUGAAUUUGAAUGGAUUUCAUAGUUGAGAUAUUAUUGGGAAGAAGAUUAAUGCAGAGUAAAGUGUGUUUAAACUAAUUUCCCUUACGGAUAUGAGUAUCUAGGAAAUACUUUACGUCUUGUUAUCACCCCUCUCACAGAUAAAUGCUACAUGACUCUUAUGGGUGCUUUAAAGUUAAAUCUUGGUGGUGCACCUGCAGGCCCUGCUGGUACUGGUAAGACAGAAAGUACUAAGGAUCUUGCAAAAGCUCUAGCUAAAUAAUGUGUGGUUUUCAAUUGCUCUGAUAGUAUGGAUUAUAUUAUGAUUGGAAAAUUCUUUAAGGGAUUAGCAAGUGCUGGUGCCUGGUGCUGUUUUGAUGAGUUUAAUCGUAUUAACAUUGAAGUACUUUCAGUUAUUGCAUAGUAGCUGUUAGUUUUGUUUGGUGAGAAGGCUAAGGGAACCCCAAGUAUUGAAUUUGAAGGUUCAAUCAUUCGUAUUCUUCCAACUUUUUGCGUCUUUAUUACAAUGAAUCCAGGUUAUGCAGGUCGUACUGAAUUGCCUGAUAAUUUAAAAGCUCUUUUCCGUUCUGUAGCGAUGAUGGUUCCUGAUUAUGCUAUGAUUGGUGAAAUUAUGCUUUAUAGCUUCGGUUUUAGAAAAGGUAGAGAGCUAGCUAAAAAAAUGGUUGCUACUUUUAAAUUAUCUUCUGAGUAAUUGUCAUCUCAAGAUCACUAUGAUUAUGGUAUGAGAGCAGUUAGAAGUGUAAUUAAUGCUGCAGGUUUGCUUAAAGCUGCUGAUCCUGAUAUGGAUGAAGAAUAACUUUUACUGAGAGCUUUGAGAGAUGUCAAUGUACCUAAAUUUUUAAAAGACGAUCUUCCCCUUUUUGAAAACAUUAUGAUGGAUCUUUUCCCAGGAAUUUCUAAACCUCAAGUUAAUUAUGGAUAGCUCAUUCCUCAAAUUUCUAAAGUAUGCUAAGACCCUAAAUUUAAUUUGUAGCCAGCAGAACCUUUUGUAAAUAAGAUAAUCCAGCUUUAUGAUACAACUUAAGUUAGACAUGGUCUGAUGAUUGUUGGUCCCACAGGUGGUGGUAAAACUUCUAAUUACAAAGUGUUAUAAAAAGCUAUGACAGACCUUGAAAACUAAGGUUUUUCAAAAGUCCAUGUCCAUAUUUUAAAUCCAAAGAGUAUAACAAUGGGUCAAUUAUAUGGUCAAUUUAAUGAAUAGACUCAUGAAUGGACAGAUGGUAUUUUAGCCUAUAGGGUGCGUGAGUGUUGUAGAGAUUAAUCAUCUGAUAAGCAUUGGGUUAUGUUUGAUGGACCAGUUGAUGCUAUUUGGAUUGAGUCAAUGAACACAGUACUUGAUGAUAAUAAAAAGUUAUGCCUAAAUUCAGGAUAAAUUCUUACCCUUACUCCUCAUAUGACUAUGAUGUUUGAAGUAGAAGAUUUAUUAGUAGCAAGUCCUGCUACAGUCAGUAGAUGUGGUAUGAUUUACAUGGAACCAGAAUCUCUAGGUGUAUAGCCCUUGAUAGAUAGUUGGAUUAAUAGUAUCCCAAAUAACAUUAGAAAACACAAGACUAUUGUUCAAUAACUCAAUAAUCUUUCUAAUUUAUAUGUUGAACCAUCACUUUAAUAUCUUAGAAAAAAUCUUAAAGAACCUGUAUAAACAAUGAACAACAAUCUUGUAUAAUCUCUCCAUCGUAUUCUAAAUUGCUAUUUUACAAAUUAUGCAGAAACUGAAAUUAAAAAAGUACCUUCAGAUGAUUUAGAUAACCUAGAGAAAAUGAUAGAACCACUUUUCAUAUUUGCUUUAACAUGGUCUCUUGGCUGCACAACUGAUAAUAAUGGGCGUGAAAUGUUUAAUGCCUUCAUACUUUAAUAAUUACAGUAAAAUAAUAGUCUGAUUCCUUUCCCAGAAGGUGGCAAUAUUUAUGACUACGAAUUUAAUUUAUAAGACUAAUCUUAUCAUCAUUGGGAUGAAAGAAAUGCAGAAUUUAGAGUAGAUGCAAAAUUAGGCUAUCACGAAGUUACUAUACCGACAGCUGAUUCUACUAGAAAUAUUUAUCUCAUGAAAAUUCUGAUGAUGAAUAAUUAUCAUGUGCUAUGUCCAGGUCCUACUGGAACGGGAAAAACAUAAAACAUAUUUAAUCUUCUCACAACGGAAAUGGGUGAAAAUUACUAAUAUAUCUCUAUAACAUUCUCUGCAUAAACCUCAGCAAAUUAAACUUAAGACACUAUUGAUAAUAAAAUGGAUAAAAGAAGAAAAGGUGUUUUUGGACCACCAAUUGGAAAAAGGUGUAUUAUAUUUGUGGAUGAUUUGAAUAUGCCUAAGAAGGAAGAAUAUGGUGCUCAGCCACCAAUAGAGUUAUUAAGAUAAUAUUUAGAUCAUGAUGGGUGGUAUAAUCGUAGAGAUUUGUAGUUUAUGAAAAUGGAAGAUUUAAUCGUACUUAGUGCUAUGGGUCCACCAGGAGGUGGUCGUACAUUUAUCACCAAUCGUAUGGUCAGACACUUUAAUAUAAUAGGCUAUACAGAACUAGAAAACAGUACUAUUAAAAACAUUUUCUAAACUUUAGUUGAUUUCUUCUUACGUCGCCAUCCUGAAGAUAUAAAGGCAAUAACAAGCUCCUUAGUUGACUCAGUCUUAUAUGUCUAUCAACGUGUAAAAUCAGAUCUUCUUCCAACCCCAUCUAAAUCUCAUUAUACUUUUAAUAUGAGAGAAAUCUGGAAAGUUUGCCAAGGCCUAUGCUCAGGACAUCCUAAUUAUACAGGAGAAGUUGCUUAAAUGGUUAGACUUUGGUAUCAUGAAAAUAUGCGUGUUUUCCAUGACCGUCUAAUUAAUGAAAGCGACAGAGAAUAUUUAAAAAAUAUCUUAAACUCAUAAUUCUAACAAUUUGGAUUAAAGAAAGAAGAUGUUUUAGAUCAAGAAAGAAUUAUCUUUGCUGAUUUCUUAAAUGGAAAAGAUGCAGAGCCUAAAUAUUAUCAGCAAGUUACUGAGCUAUUACCUUUACUAAAUAAGUUAGAUUCAUUUUAAGAAGAUUACAACUCAGAUAAUUCAUUCGUAUUUGGAGGUCAAAAGCCUUAAAUGAAAUUAGUCAUGUUCUUAGAUGCUUGUGAACACAUAGCUCGUAUAGCUAGAAUAAUCCGUUAACCUAAUGGGCAUGCUCUCCUUCUAGGUAUCGGUGGUUCAGGACGUCAAUCUUUGGCAAGAAUGGCUACAUUCUUGACAAAUUAUAAAAUAUUUUAGAUCGAAGUCAUCAAAAACUAUACAAUGCGUUCCUGGAGAGACGAUAUUAAAAAAGUUCUGAUGUAUGCUGGUAUCGAAAAUAAAUCUAUCUCUUUCCUCUUCUGUGAUACUCAAAUCAUCAGAGAAUAAAUGAUGGAAGAUGUAAAUAAUAUUUUAAAUUCAGGUGAUGUUGUUGGAAUUUACUAAGAAAAAGAUUAUGAAGAUAUAAUGAAUGCUUGCAAGACUGAUUGCAUAAAGAAAAACAUACAACCUACUAAAAUGAAUAUUUUUACAUAGUAUCUCCUUAGAGUAAGAAAGAAUAUACAUAUGGUUAUUGCAAUGUCUCCUCUUGGAGCAUUAUUUACUACCAGACUUCGUAUGUUCCCUGGAUUGGUUAAUAAUUGUACAAUAGAUUGGUUUACAGAAUGGCCAGAGGAAGCUCUUGUAGGUGUGGGUAAAGGUUAGUUAAGUGAAUAUGAAGAAGAACUAUAAAUUGAAGGAAAAACAGAUAUCUUAGUAGAUAUGUUUAAAACUAUUCAUAAAAGUGUUGAAAAAAUUUCUGAAGAUUUUCUUAGUUAGUUGAGAAGACAUAACUAUGUUACACCAACAAGUUAUCUUGAACUUCUUUCAACUUUCCGUACUAUUAUGGCUUAAAAGAAGCAAGAAAUUAAACUACAAAUUAAUAGAUUAAAGAGUGGUUUAGACAAGUUGCAGGAAGCAAACAAAUCAGUUGCAGAAAUGAAAAUUAUUCUUAAAGAAAUGUAGCCUAAAUUAGAACAAUCAUCCAUUGAAACAGAAAAAAUGAUGGAACAUUUGAAAGUAGAAAAAGCUGAAGCUGAUGCAACUCAAAAGAUAGUAGCUGUAGAAGAGGCAGAAGCAACAAAGUAAUAAAAAGAAGCAACAAAACUAGCUGAAGAAGCAGAAGCAGCUGUAGCAGAUGCAAAUCGUACAUUAAACUAAACAUUAUUAGAAGUUCAAAAAUUAAAACCUGAGCAUUUAGUAGAAAUUAGUAGAUUUACUGUCCCUCCAAAUGCAGUCAAAACAACAUUAGCGGCCGUUGUCAUUUUAAACAUUGACAGAAUCAGAUAGAAUGGUGGUGAAAUUAUAAUGCAAAAUAAAGAAGGAUAAAUAGGUAAGAAAGAAGAAAACUACUUCGAUACAGCGAAGCGUUAUCUGCUUAGUAACACUAGAGAAUUGAUGGAUAUGUUAUAAAAUUAUGAUAAAGAUAAUAUUUAAGAGGCUACAGUUAAACGUCUAGAGUAAAAAGUUUUCAACCAACCUGACUAUAAUUUCUAGAAAGUUGCAAGUAGUAGUUUUGCUUGCAAGUAUUUAUAUAUGUGGGUAGAUGCAAUGGUUGGUUAUUACAAAGUAUUUACCGAAACAAAGCCUUUACGUGAAAAAUUAAUUGCUGUAAAAAAGCUUGUAGAAGAAAAGACAGCUGAACUGAAAAUUAAAAAAGAUGCUCUUGAAGAGGUAAAUAAAAAAAUUGCAGAAUUAUAAAGAGCAUUUGAUGAAAAAAUGCAGCAGAAGGAAGCUCUUACCAAAUAAAUUAAUGAUUGUGAGCUUAAGUUAGAAAGAGCUUAAAAAUUAACAGAUGGACUUUCUGAAGAAAAAGAAAGAUGGAGUAAAGAUAUAGAAAAAUUUUAAGAUAGAUCUUAAUUGAUUCCUGCACAUUCGAUAAUUGCAGCAGGCAUGAUUUCAUAUUCUGGCCCAUUCACUAGCAAAUUUAGGUAGGACUUAGAAUAAAUUUGGGUUAAAUAUCUUGCAUAGACUGGUCUUCCUUAUGAAAAAGAUAUUUCUAUGCGUUCUUUCUUAGGAGUUCCAGUUAAAAUUUAAUAAUGGAAUAUUGCAGGUCUUCCAAAGGAUGAGACUUCAACUGAAAAUGGUAUUAUUAUUGACAAAACAAGAAGAUGGCCUCUUAUGAUAGAUCCAUAAAAUUAAGCAAAUAAAUUUAUUAGAAACUUAGGAAGAGAUCAUGCUGAAGGUCUUGAAAUUAUGAAAGCAAACGAUCCAAACUUAAUGAAAAUAAUGGAAUUAGCAGUGUAGUUUGGAAGAUGGGUAUUAAUGGAGAAUGUAGGCAUAGAAAUAGAUCCUUCUUUAGAACCUAUUUUACAACAACAGACAACAAAAUCAGGUUCAACAAUGAUUAUUACUAUAGGAGAUAAAAAUUUAUAAUAUUCAGAAAAUUUCAAACUUUACUUAACUACUACUAUUCCUAACCCACAUUAUCCUCCUGAAACUUUUGUUAAAGUCACUAUGAUUAACUUUGCUAUUACUCCUAGUGGGUUAGAGGAGUAGAUGUUAGCUCAGAUUGUUGCUUUAGAAAACCCAAAUCUUGAAUAAAAGAAAAUAGAAAUUGUCAAGAAAAAUGCUGCUGAUUUAAGAGAACUGCUUAGAAUUGAGGAUUCGAUCUUGAAAAGUUUGGCUGAUACUUAAGAUAUAGCAGAGAUAUUGAAAGACGAAAGCUUGAUUAAUCAACUACAAUCUUCGAAGAAAUUCGCAGCAGAAAUUAACCAAAGAGUUAAAGAUUCUAAAAUAACUGAAGCUCAAAUUGACGAAGCUCGUGAAAGUUAUAGAUCAGUUGCUUUCAGAGCUUCUUUACUCUUUUUCUGCAUUGUAGAUCUUUCAACCAUUGAUCCAAUGUAUUAGUAUUCUUUGUAGUGGUUUACAAAUCUUUUUGUGAUGGGUGUAGAGAAUUCACCAGCAUCAAAUAUCCUAGAGGAACGUCUUGUAAAUCUUAACUCAUACUUCACAUAUUCUCUUUAUGAAAACGUUUGCAGAUCUCUUUUUGAAAAGCACAAAUUACUAUUCUCAUUAAUGCUCACAGUAAAAAUUUUGUUUGGUGACCACAAAAUGGACGAGCAUGAAUGGCGUUAUUUCUUAGCAGGUCCUUUAGGUGAUAUCGAAAUUGCUAUCAAUCCAACUUCUUGGAUUAACGAAAAUACUUGGCCAGAUAUGUACAGGUAGUUCUAUGGCAUGGGACAGCUUGAACACUUCAAAGGAAUUGAAAAGCAUUUCUUAGAAAACACAGAUUAAUAUAGACAUAUAUUUGAUUCUAUAUAACCUCAAGCAGAAAAGCUACCAGAUCAAUGGGAAUCACACCUCAACUCAUUUUAGAAGAUGAUUAUACUCAAGGCCAUCAGACCUGAUAAGCUUAUACCUGCCAUACAAAACUAUAUCGAAGAAAAGCUUGGUAAAGAAUUUAUUAUAGUACCCACAUUUGAUCUAGCCAAGUGCUAUAAGGACUCAUCUAUAAUUACUCCAUUGAUUUUCGUACUUUCAACUGGUUCUGAUCCUAUUGCAGAUUUUAUGAAAUUUGCAGAAGAGAUGACCAUGUCGAAACGUAUUGAUUCUAUCUCAUUAGGUCAAGGAUAAGGUCCAAAAGCAGAAAGAAUGAUUAGAGAAAGUGCUUAGAGAGGUGGCUGGGUAUUACUGCAAAAUUGUCACUUGGCUUAGUCUUGGAUGCCAGAUUUAGAAAGAAUGUGCGAAGAAUUAAAUGAAAACAUGCAUAAAGAUUUUAGAUUAUGGCUUACAAGUAUGCCUACAAACUAUUUCCCCAUUUCUGUAUUGUAAAAUGGUAUUAAAAUGACUAUGGAACCUCCUCAAGGUCUAAGAGCAAAUCUACUUAGAACAUAUAAAAACUUAAGUGAUAAUGAACUUGGUGACUGUGCAAAGCCUGAUAUCUUUAAAAAACUACUUUUUGGUUUCUGUUUAUUCCAUGCUAUUAUCUAAGAUAGAAGAAAAUUCGGCCCAAUUGGUUGGAAUAUAGCAUAUGAAUUCACAAAUGAAGAUUUAACGGUAUGCAAAAAGUAAUUAAAAAUGCUUCUUGAUGAGUAUAAAGAAGUACCAUACAAAGUAAUUAAUUUCUUAGGAGCUGAAAUUAAUUACGGUGGUCGUGUCACAGAUGAUAAAGAUGUUAGAUUGAUUAAGACUAUUCUGCAGACAUACUUGAAUAGAGAAUCAUUAAGAGAUGGCUACAAGUAUUCUGAAUCUGGUGUUUAUUAUUCACCUCCAUCCGGAUCUUUAGAAGAUUAUAUAACAUAUAUUGAGUCUUUACCUUUAAAUCCUGCCCCUGAAGCUUUCGGUAUGCAUGAUAAUGCAGAAAUAACUAAUUCUCAAAACGAAACUCGUGUUUUACUUGAAACCAUUUUAUCUGUUUAACCACGUAGUUCUUCAUCUGAUGGAAAGUCUAGAGAAUAAUUAAUUGAAGAAAUUGCAAUUAAUAUAGAAACACAUACCCCAGAAGUGUUUGACGUAGAUACUAUCUCCAAAUUAUAUCCCACAAGCUACAACGAAUCAAUGAAUACCGUUCUCGUUUAAGAACUUAUAAGAUACAAUAGAAUGUUAAUAGUAAUGAAGGAGUCUCUCACAAAUUUGAAAAAGGGCCUUAAGGGCUUAGUGGUCUUAUCAGAAGAGUUGGAAAAAUUGGCAAAUUCUCUUUAUGAUAAUUAAGUACCUAAUUUAUGGGCAGAAAAAGGUUUCCUUUCUUUGAAACCACUUUCAUCAUGGAUUAUUGAUUUAAAUGACAGAAUUCACUUUUUAAAUAACUGGGUUAAAAAAGGAACUCCAAAGACGUUUUGGAUAUCAGGAUUUUUCUUCCCAUAAGCUUUCUUAACUGGAACAUUACAAAAUUAUGCAAGAAAACACAAGAUUGCAAUAGACAAAUUAUCUUUUGAUUUUGUUGUUGUGGAUAAUUUAAAACACACUGAUAUACAAGAAAAACCUGAAGAUGGGUGUUAUAUAUAUGGUUUAUAUUUAGAAGGAGCUAGAUGGGAUUACAGAAAGCAUAACAUUUAGCAACCUCUACCAAAGGAACUAUAUUCUGAUCUACCAAUGCUUCAUCUGGUUCCUGUUUGUGACAGAAUUCCACCAAAAGAUGGAAUUUAUAAUUGUCCAGUUUAUAAGGUAGUUUCAAGAAGAGGUACCUUAAGUACAACAGGCCACUCAACAAAUUUUGUAUUAUUCAUGGAACUAGCUAGCAAAGAGCCUGAAAAUACUUGGAUAAAAGCAGGUGUGGCUGCAUUUUUAAGUUUAAGAUAUUGA